AUGGCAAAUGUCUAUGAUGAAGCUCCUUCCAGAACUUGCAAUUCUUACUUUGUUUAGCCAUUUUAUGAAAAACCUGCAACAGAUAAUCAAUCAAAAACACUAAAUCAUUAUUUCCCUCAGGUAACAAUGAUAAAUUUGAAUAGAUUAGAAUUUAUGUAAAGUCGAUUAUGACAAUAUUUCAGCCAAUACUAUAGAGAUAGAAGAGCUACUCCUUCUGAACCAGGGCAAUCCUAAAGGUUUGGAGGAAAAAAACACUAUUUGUUGAA